AUGUCUAACGACACUGAGAGGUGCUGUAAAGAACUGGAUGUGCAACAGUCUCUGUUUGGGGAGCUUCUGGAGAAAGUGGCAGUCAGGAGGUUACUAGGUCCAGUGUAUCACCAGUGGGAGCCACUUGUUUACAAUUCACUGUCACAAAUCCUCCGGCAUAUCAACACCCUGGGAUUUGAUUCCCUCCUCUCCGAUUACAUUGCAUUUGUCCACAGGACCAGUAACAAAAGGUGCCCCGGGUUCUACCGGGAGUUCACGGAGAUCUGCAUCAACACCAUCCUCUACUGGCUGUUUGCCCGUAAGGUCAGCCCACCACUGGUGCAGAAACUGCUGGAGAGAACCAUCAUCUACCUGGGAGAUAGCAACAACUACUUGACACUAAUCUGGAGAACCUUCAAGCCAGUGUACACUUCAAACCCACUGACAGGUGUGACCCCCUUACACUAUGUAGCUCAAAGCAGGCAGUCGGGCAUUCUGAAGAUCUUACUCCAGUAUGGGAUACUAGAGAGGGAGCACAGGCCCAUGUCCACAGUCCUCAUCAUCCUCUUCUACCCAGAACCUAUUGCAAGGGGGAAUGGCCAUGAGUACACAGAAAAAAUAGAGGAGGCAAAACUAUGUCUCAGUUUAUGCGUUAGAGUGAUGUGUCGCAUACACAUCGCAAAGAUUAAGGCACAAGUCAGUAUUGGACGGCAACCUCUCAUUUCUAACUGGUUGGAUUACAUACCUGUGGGAAGAUAUCAAGAGCCGUGUGAGCUCAUCCACCUCUGCAGAAUGUCUAUUAGAAGCAACCUGCUGACCAACAGCCAGCUGCCCAGUGGGAUAUCCUUACUGCCGCUCCCCAAAUCACUUCAGAAUUACUUGAACUUGGAAAGAUAAUGUGUAAAGAUCUCCCCAUCCACCUCUUCCUUAGCUGCAGGCCUGUUUAACAGAUUGGGAACGGGGACAACAGAGAGAGAGAAAGAAGAUCCUGACCCUUCAGGAUAGAAAAACAG